UCAAACCACACCCUUCGCAACGAUGCACGCGCUACGCAGCCUUCUCCUUACCUUCCUCUUCCUUCUUGUCCCUCACACCCUCGCCCUCCCACCAGACAACAACGCACCCAAGGAGGUAGCACGAGCAGUGCAAGCUAGGACCGAUGGACCAGUCUGCUGUCCCGAGCCAAUAAAGACCCCUAGCCACCACAGACAUGCAGCGGCGCCAACAAGUUAGUUAAGAAGGGGAGCAGAGGAAUGCCGGCAGAUAAAUUGGGCACUCGGCACGUGGCGCUGCAUGUCAGCACCCGAGGAGUACAGUACCUAGAUAACUCGGCAAAGAUGCAGAGCCACUCAUUACCCCCAUGGGGCGAAGUCGAGCAUCUGACUAAGAACGGCUGCUUGGAUCAACAUGAAAUGUUAGGUCUAGGCUGCGUGUCAGCCUUUACUCAGCACCCAACAUCGCCGCGGAGCAGACGGAGGGGUAUAGAUAGAAGAACGAAAAGCCAGCCACCUCAUCUUCUCUUCACGCCCCGUUCCUUCCUUCCUUCCUUUCUUUCUUCUACUACUCGUCGAGCACACCAAGUUCUCGGGAAACUUUUAACACCACCCUCCACAAACCAUGCAGCCACUACGCAGCCUUCUCCUUGCCUUCCUCGUCCUUCUCCUGCCUCACACCCUUGCCCUCCCCUCAGCCAACAUUCCUACGGCAGAGGCGGCACACGAACCGCACGCCAGAGACGCUGCCCCCUUCUGCUGUCCCGAGCCGUACAGAGGGCCUCUUGGCGGCUCUCAGCAAGGGAAAGGCGGCAAGGAGGGCAAGACAACAUGAAGAUUUGCCGGCGGAGUAGCCUUCCCAACCGACCUGCAGGGUACAGUAGUUGGGCCCUCGGCAGAUGCAAGAGUCGGCUAGCAUUCGGCCCCCAAAGCUGAAGCUGAACUGUCUGACUAACGCCCGACUCCAGCACGUGGCGCGGCAUGUCAGCACACGAGAAAGUAUGGGUGAGGUGACUAGUCAUUUCCUCAAGAUCGGCAGCAACCUACCGC